CGCUUGUUUUGAAAAGUUUGCAGCGCUUCUGUGCAGCCGAGAGUCCGCUAAAGACAAACAACUGUUGCCUUACAUCCGCGCAUGAAGACACGGCGGGAAAGCGCUUUUUCCAGGAUUUCCAGCUGGGUUUGACAGAUCUGUACGUGGGAGGAAUAUGGAUGUUAUUCCCAUGUGUAGUAUUUUCCAGGAGCUACAGAGUGUCCUUGACACGGGAUACCUGUCCGCCUUACCGUCUCUGGAGGAGUACUGGCAACAGACUUGUCUUGAGCUUGAGCGCUAUCUGCAGAAUGAGCCCUAUGUCUCUGCAGCUGAUCUAAGAUCAGUAUGCGAGUCUGAUAAUCUCUGGAACCAGUUUCUGCGUUGCUGCGGGACUGAACCGAACUCGUUGCCACCGGAAGCUUCCAUCCCCAAGCAGGACGGGGCCGCUACGGCUUCCCAUUCGCCAUUCGGCAUCUGUAAGAAGAUCAUUUCAUCUGCUGAUGUGCUUACACACCCACAGCAGCAUGUAAUCGCACACACGCCCCCGACGCCACCCUCCUCAUCCUCACUUCCUCUCAUGGAGGUUAAAGAAGAUGCAGAAGGGGUGAGAAGGGAUGAGGUCAAAGGUGAGAUGUCACCCGAAGGACGAAGGAGAGCUCAUCGCUGUUACUUCAACGGCUGCAGGAAGGUGUACACCAAGAGUUCUCACCUCAAAGCACAUCAACGCACACACACCGGUGAGAAGCCAUACAGGUGUUCGUGGGACGGCUGUGAGUGGCGCUUCGCUCGAAGUGAUGAACUGACCCGGCACUUCAGAAAACACACCGGAGCCAAACCCUUCAAAUGCAGCCACUGCGACAGGUGUUUCUCUCGUUCUGAUCAUCUCGCCUUGCACAUGAAGCGACACAUCUGAACGCAAAUCCCAAAGAGCUACACAGAAUCCCAAAGACCUGCCACAGCUGGUUUUCUAUGUAUUCGCUGAGUGUCAGUGUUGCAGAUUUUGCACCCUCUUGCUAAAGAUAUGGAUUUCAUCAGAACAUGGGUAAUAGCAUUUGUUCCCAUGCUGGUGACAUUUGACUUGUUAGUCCCAAGUUAUCCACCUUUUUCUACCCGUAAGAGCGAAUUUGCAAAUUUUAUGGGUCUGACUGGUCUCAUCCGCAUCCAGCUAUUUUUAGCUGUCCAAAACAGCUUGUUUUGCUGUUUGAUAGUGCAAAUAAGUGUAUCCUACCAUAUUAUUUUAAUAUUUUAUCUUAAUUACAAGCACACUGGUUUGUAGUGCAAACAGUUUUACUGUUUUACUGCGUUGUUAUUCUUCUCGUUAUUUCCCUAUAGCGGCUAAUGAACCGAAAGUCUCGCCCAUAGGCUUACUUCUGCGUUGAAGAAAAAGGUGGACAGCAUAGCUAUAAAUUCAUUGAAAAUGCAGAAAGUCUGGUACUGAAUGCAAGCUAACACAUUUGCAGGCUUUGCAAAUUGCAGUGAAUAUGUCAAAAUCAAAAAUAAUAUUUUGUUAACACUUUGCAUUAACACAGUGAAAACUCUCUGCUUUACGGCGCAGCUAUUGUGUUUAUAUCCAGUGCAGCUAUGUGUUCUUUAACAAUACAUAUUUGAGAUAAAAGUGUUUAUUGCUGUUUAUUACACUCUCAAAUAAAAAAAAAAACUGUCAUUGAGACUGCACCCUUUUAUAACGUGCUAAUAUGUACUUUUAAUGCACUAAUAUAGGAGUAAAUAAGGUAAAAAUAACCUGCUUUAUCCAGCAGUUACAGGUACAUUAGUCAUGCUCAUAUUAUUGUGCAUUUAAAAAACUUUUUAACCUCUAAAAUUAGCAUUAGUGCCUUAAAAAUUGUUCUAAGGGUUGACUUAGAAGCACUUAGAAUGAAACUGGAAAAUUGAAUAAUCAUUGAAUACUGUAUAUUUUGUGUCAGAGGGACUGGAAUGACCGAAUUGUGUUAUUGAAUUAUUGUUACCUAAAGAAAGGGAGCUGGAUUUGCUACUGUGUAGUAAGUUAUAGUUUUGUGAUUUUGAAAAAUGCACAAGGAUAUUUCACUGGUUUUUCCGAGCACAGAUUGACAUCAUGUCUGCGAUGGCUCUCGCAUGAGGCUCUUGCAUAUGUUGUCCAGAUGUUUAAAGCCCUGCAGAUGUUACAGAGAUGAGGAUGUUUGCUCAGGGAUUGAUCAUAUGAAAGCUGUUAAUGUCUAACUGGAAUUUGCAGUAUCUUAAGGGGAAUUUUAAAAUGCACUCCAAUAUUAUCACUUUAUGUGCGUAUAAAGAUUUUUUUAAGGUUGUGAACUUAAUAUCACAGACAUUUGUUAGAAAUUAGAAAAGACAUUUAUUUUGAAUUUUUCCUGUAGACCAUGAUCAUUCGUAACCGUUCAGAUCUUUUUGUCUGAAUAGACUGAUGUAAAUGUUUUGUUUUACAUUUUUUAUUACUACAAAAUGGUACUCUUUGCUUGUUUCCAUUGUUAAAAUUGUCUCUAUGUAAGCUACAAUAUAUUGUAAGAUUGUUAUUAUCUUUGUAAAAACAUUUUAUACCACAAUGAUAAUGAAUGCUUUUUAUAAAAUUCGUUUUUGUGGUUUCUUUAU